AGAGGAGAGAGGAGAGGAGAGAGGAGAGGAGAGAGGAGAGGAGAGGAGAGAGGAGAGGGACCGAGGCAGCCGCCGCUCCAGCACACACUUCUGCCUGCACAACUGAGCCACACGCACCGGGGGAAAGUUGGAGUCAGUGCAGCCACUGAAGGCUCCCACACGCGCAGGGGCUGUGAGAAAGCAGCACCUUUCCCAGGUUGUCCUCAGGAGGUGGCAAAGCUCUGUCUCUGCUGGAGCACUGCUGACCACUGUCAGUAACGAAACAUGCAGAGGGCAUGAGACCCCACAGGACCUGACCCCAUGGUCACUCAGAGGAAAGGAGAAGGCAGGAAAGGAAAAGGAGCAGCUGAGAUCCACCAGCAGCUGCCACAGGACGUCAGCUCCAGCACUGAGCUCCCAGAGGGGAGCUAGAGACACAAGUGAGUUGCAGUGCCAUGUCUUUCCUAGACCAUGUCAUUCCCAGCACACAAGGCUGAACAUGUAAAGUGACUCUGCAAUGUUCUCCAAGGUCACUGUAGACCAAGGGUCGCUUUGGGAAGAGCUCUAGGUCUGCCUGGUAGAGGCUCACUCCAAGCAGCUUUGGAGCUGAUGGGAGCAGGACUGCUCCAUCCUUGCAGUGACGCCAUGGAUCCAUGUUACAAUCACACAAGCUCUCAAAAAAGGAUGGACUUUCCCCUGCAGCUGCUGGUCGGGUCCUGCCUCGUCAUCCUCAUCGUGAUCACUCUCUGUGGUAACAUCAUCGUCUGCCUGGCCGUCACCCUCGACCGCCGGCUCCGGAGCUUGACAAACUGCAUCAUUGUCUCCUUAGCCAUCACCGACCUGCUGGUGGGGCUUCUGGUGCUGCCAUUCUCUGCUUUCUAUGAACUCACCAAGGAGUGGCCCUUUGGCAGCGUUUUGUGCAACAUCUACACCAGCCUGGACGUCAUGCUGUGCACAGCCUCCAUCCUCAACCUCUUCAUGAUCAGCCUGGACCGCUACUUUGCCGUCACCACCCCACUGCGCUACCGCCAGGUGGUCACUCCCUCCCGCGUGGCCGUGGGUUUGGGUGUUAUUUGGACCGUUUCACUGAUGGUCUCCUUCCUCCCCAUCCACCUGGGCUGGAACACCAACGGGACAGCAGUGCAAAACACAGGCCCCUGCAACAAGGAGUGCACGCUGGAGGUGAACUUUGUGUACGGGUUAGUGGACGCCUUGCUCACCUUCUACAUCCCUUUGGUCAUCAUGUGCAUCACCUACUACCGGAUACUGAAGAUAGCGAGGGAGCAAGCCAAGAGGAUCAACCACAUGUGGGGCAACACCUCCACGCUACCCAUGGUGAAAGAGCACAAAGCCACCGUGACGCUGGCAGUGGUGCUGGGAGUGUUCAUCGUGUGCUGGUUCCCCUAUUUCACCAUGUUCACGUACCGGGGGGCGUGGGGGGACAGCAGGGUGAAAGGCACACCCAUGUCCAUUGUUCUCUGGCUGGGCUAUGCCAACUCAGCCCUGAACCCCAUCCUCUACGGGACACUCAACAGGGAUUUCCGAGUGGCGUACCAGCACUUGCUGCGUUGCUGGAGGAUGGGACACCCCAGGAACUCCCACCUGCCUCCCCUCCAGGAGGCCCAGCCCAGGGGCAGGCAGGAGGGUAAACCCUUGAAACUGGAGGUAAGGAACAAGAAGGGGACACUGCUCACCGAUGAAGCCCUCAAGAGAGAGCUGCCUCCCCGUCCUACACAGCAUCACCACUGUGGUUUCUGCUCACAAUCAGAUAAAGAGUUGCUCGAGCACCUCAAGCACCGGAGCUUUUCUGUGAGUCUCAGCCAGCCCGCUGCCCUAGGACCCACAUCUCCCAGCCUUCAACUCCUGGCUGCCUUCUUCCAAAAUCCUGUGUGUGAGGUUGAAAGGACAACACUCAGCUUUCCUCAGCAAGAAACUCAAUAGCAGAGGCAAGAGCUGCAGGGAUCCCUGCUCUGGCACAUGGCAUUCACUCCAUCCCCAAACACUGCUGGAGAGGCCUCUGCCCACCCAGGUUUCUUCCCAGGAGGGUGGUGUGUUAGAAGAGCCCUCGGAGGAGCUGCAGAAGAACAUCUCCCCUGCCCUGUCUGGGCAGUGACACUUUCAGCAUCAAGCCCCACACCAGCAGGAAGAGAUGCCUGCAGAGCUGGGUCAGGAACCAGUGCAUGACCCUGGCAGGGCAGGGCUGGGGGUGCCCUCUCCAGACCCAUGGCAGUGGGCCAGGCUGCAAGGGCACAGGGUGGAGGGGGAAAGGGGCUGCUGUUGAGAUCUUGGUGCCAGGAAGACCAGCCUAUGAUGGAGAAAGGCAACACAGGCACUACCUUCCCUGGUGCCCUGUCCUAGGGAUGUAUCCACCCCUUUGAGGGGGUAAGGUGCUGGUAGAGGGGGGGUGAUGUGGCGGGAGGGGUCAGCAUGGUGGAUGUUGGCAGCCACAAGUGCUGGAUGUCUGUGCACAGGACAUCCCAGUCCCUCAGCAUCCGUGCUGGGUCAAGACUGCCUCCCAUGCUGGGGAGAGUUUGGCAUCCCUGGGGCUGCCCUUACUCCACGUCCCCUGUCCCAGCCCUACUGCGAGGCAAAGAGAAGCCCUGGAGCCUGCUGGGCCAUGGGGAGACUUUGAGCAGCCAGGGUUUGCCCCAGGCUCUGCCCUCCCCAGCAGCUCAACACUAAGAGUCCCAGAAGAGGAGGUUUCUGCCCCGAGCCUGUGCAGAAAUCAUCAGCGGUAUAAAAAUCUAUUUAAGACAGAAAGAAAAUGAGAUACUUGA